AUGAAAAGCCGUCUGAACGGUCAAUUUCCACCCCUGACCCCGGCCGUCAAAAAUCCAUCACCGAUCAAAGUUGGAGACACUGCAAAAUUUACCUGCAAUGCCGAAAAUAAAAACGUCACGAAACCUGUCACGUACACGUGGACUAAAAAUGGCACGAAUGUGUCACCAGGGACAACUGAACCUGGUGCUCUGCUUUUUUCACCCGUCAAGAAGGCUGAUGAGGGAAAAUAUGUCUGUGUUGCGAAAAAUGAUGCUGGCUCUAAGGCAAGCACUGAAGAGGAUAUCGUUGUAUACUUUCCGCUCAACGUUCAAGUCAAGAUCAGUAAGACGACUGUGAAUGAACAUGAAUUCAUGCGGUUUGAAUGUGCCACCAGCGGUGACAACCCAGAGGUCAUCGAGCGGUACCAGUGGCUCUGGCUGAAGAAUGGCUCCCCCGCGGAACAGGUCAUCCAAGACACCGCGACCAACACGCAGAAUGGGAAGUUCUUAGAGUUCACGCGUAUACCGUACGAUAGAAGUGGGACGUACACAUGUAAGGCUUGGAUCCUUGGUAGGAUGGAACAGGAAUCGACAUUCCUGAAUGUGCAAUACUCUCCAAGAAUAGACCCAGAGGCAAAAAUGAAGUAUGACGUGGUAGGAGAGAUAGGCAAGGAGGCAUCAUUUGAACUGUUCACCAUCGCCAAUCCGGUCCCAGACACAUCUGGUUACGUCUGGUCUAACGAUGGCAACGUUCCACGGAACUUUUCUUCAAGUUAUGAAUUAAUUUCCUGGCACAAGACGUAUAGCAAGUUGAUAAUCAAAAACGUCAAAUCCUCCGAUUAUGAGAAUUAUACGUGUUCUGUGAAAACAAGUGGAUUUCAAGCGAAGGUUUUUACAUUUCGACUUCUCAAACCAGAGAAACCCGAAACGUCCCUCAUAGGUGUGAAUUGGACAGCUGUUGUUGUAGGCAGUCUGGUUGGAGCAGGCAUUGUAGCGAUAAUAGGCAUCACUCUGGCUGUUGUUCUAUGGAAAUGUGGUCUGGUCCGACGGGGAUGGAGGCUAAGUCAUCGGCCUGCAAAUUACGAUACCAGGGUUGAAUUCACAACAGCCGGAAAGCCCGCUGUACACACCUUCUUCAACAAUGGGACUGAUUAUGUAAGUAAUGUGUUUUACCCUGUACGACUGCCUGGACAAAACCAUCUACAGCCAAUUCCUACGUGGCAGCUAGUUCCGGUUCACGGAGUCCAUGGGAACGAGUCCGAGGACUCAGACGAUGACGACCACUUGGGUGAUCCUAGGACAUGGAAGCAGGGUCUUAAGGGUGAAAACUCAGUUCUUGAACAUCAGGAGAAUCAAACGGAGUGUGCCACCGCACACGAAGAACAAGGGCAGAUUGGCUCAAAUGAGACAUAG